UUGUGAGUAGUUGAACGUUGUUGUAAACACCAAGACAAAAUGUUCUAAGACCGACUUAAUGGAUACAAACAAAGGAGGUUUAUGAAGUUAAAAGCGUCGCUUGUGGAUUAUAUAAAAUAGAUGUUAGAAUGUAGUGAACGGGUAUGAAUCGUCUUUGUCCGAACGUCCAGUUCAGGAUUCACACGGUUAUGUGUAGAAGCUCUGUUAAAUGAAGUGGACAUGGAUCACACCGGUUCUGGAAUACAUGUAAUUCACCACUUAUUCCUUAUAUGGCUCUCAAUUUGCCCUCUGUGCUCUCAGGGAAGUUGGAUGCCGACAGGAGAAGAGAACCGCUUCUGAUCUUUGUGUCACCCUGCUCCGCAUCACAGGUGGUUGGGCAUCACAUCUGUAGGAGUGCCCGAGAAGAUGGGGUGCGCGCAUUUGCCCCUAUCUCUCAAGCAAAAGGAGCUGUGCGCGCGCAAACCGCACCUUCUGCCGAGCGUUAAAGAGGGCGCGCGCCUGGGCAUCACCGAGUGCCAAACGCAGUUCAAGCACGAGCGCUGGAACUGCUCGACCCGACGGGACCCGUCCGUGUUCGGCUACGAGCUCACCAGUGGGACGAAGGAGACAGCGUUUAUCUACGCAGUAAUGGCCGCUGGACUGGUUCACGCAGUCACUCGCUCUUGCAGUGCGGGAAAUAUGACGGAGUGUUCAUGUGAUACCAGCCUGUCGGGCAGCGGUUCACUCACAGAGGGCUGGCACUGGGGCGGCUGCUCUGAUGACAUCGCCUAUGGGACUUGGUUCAGUCGACGCUUCAUCGACAAUUCUGUGAAGAACAUAUCAGCCCGUAGGGAGGACGCACUGCUCACUAUGAACCAGCAUAACAGUGAGGCUGGGAGACAGGCAGUGGCAAAGACCAUGUUGACUGACUGCCGUUGCCAUGGCGUAUCAGGUUCGUGUGCGGUAAAGACGUGUUGGCGCACAAUGGCUGCAUUUGAGCUUGUGGGCGCCUACCUGAAGGAGCGCUACGAGACCAGCGCUCAGGUAGUAGACUGUACCAAACAUAAGCUGCGACGUAAGGACAAAGACCAGCGCAACAUGCCUAUCACCAAAGAGGAGCUAAUCUUUAUUAACAAAUCACCCAAUUACUGUUUGGAGGACCGCCGUUUGGGUGUGACCGGGACCCGGGGUCGCAGGUGUAACCGAACUUCAACCGGGUCAGAUGGCUGUAACCUGCUGUGCUGUGGGAGGGGCUACAACACACACGUGGUUCGACACUUAGAACGCUGCGAGUGUAAGUUCGUGUGGUGCUGUUAUGUUCAGUGUCGACGCUGUGAGACAAUGAAUGACAUGCACACCUGCAAGUAAAGUAACUAUUAGGGGAGAGCAAUGAUGAGCUCUCAUGAGACAUAAGAAAGACCUUGAGAGAGAAAGUACAGCUGGGGUGGAUCGUCUUUACACCGUCAAGCAAGCUCCUUAGAACCUAGAAAAACAAGCAUGUUAACAAAAUAUCCAUGCCAACUGAUGAUCCACAGCGAAAACUGUUGAGAAACGGCAUAAACCCUCAAACUCCACAUUUGUAACUCUUCCCAUGGGCUUCAAAUGGGAAUCAAGCCAUAUAUAUCUAGACACAUAGCCAUGUACAGCAUAUACUGUAAUAAUGACUAUGGAAUAUAACUGGAACCUAAAGGGAACUGAAAUACUGCUUCAAAAGGAACUGCAAAGUGUAAAUAUUAGGCCUAAAUGUUCUGUCUGUAUUGAGAGUUAAGGAAGCAUCCCUUUUUGACAAUCAACUGCUAAGUCUCUAAGGCAUUUAACGGCAUUGGUUGUAACACCUUGGCUCCUUCAGUUGAGGAAUAAUUAAUGCGAUUGUUAUGAAGCAAUGUAGAUAAUAUGCCAAGAUAUUUUUUAUAUAAUGUUUUAUAUUGUAGGUUCCAAAUGAGAAUCCCUUGAAUAAAUAAACACAAAUAAUUCCAACACAAGUUGCAUUCCCAAAGAUGCAGUUAAAAGAAUCCCAGGUUCAAUACAAGUUAAGCUUAAUCGACAGCAUUUGUUCCAUAAUUUUGAUUACCACAAAAAAUUAAUUUAAAUUGUCCAAAAAAGCAAAAUCUGGGUUACAGUGAGGCACUUACAAUAAAAGUGAAUGGGGCAAAUCCAUAAACGUCAAAAUACUCACUGUUUCAAAAGUAUAUCCACAAGACGUAAACAAUAUGCAUGUAAACAUAAUUUUGGUGUAAUAAAAUUGCUUACUAACCUUUUCUAUAUAAAGUUAUAAACAGUUUUGCAACUUUGUUGCCAUGACAACACAUCAUAAACCCUGUAAUCCAGCAAAAACAACGAUUUAAACAACUAUACAGCUCAAAUAAUACAUGAGUUUUAACAGAAGAAUUAAUGUAAGUCCUUUUAUAAAAUUUUAAACUUCACAUUUCUGCCUUUAACCCCCCCAACCCCCCACCCCCGAAACUGGGUGAAUGGAAAUGCUUGAUAUGCAAAUAAACGUUCUAAAUUCGCUUAAAAUUUAAUGCGCUAAGACAAGGUGGAUUUUCUAGAGUUUCGGAUUAGUUAAAAUGUGCAUUAUGGUGAUGGAAACGGUUUAUUCACAAAACGAUGACGUGUUUUGACCAUUCUUGCAGCCCACCGAAAGGUCCAACCUUGGCACACAAUUCUUUGAACAUAGAGCUUGUCCUUCGGAAAUGUUUAACCCACAGCUGGUAAAUAAAAUGGGUCUUCACAAUCCACCAGAACAGUUUUGAGAGCAGGAGCUCCUAGGUAUGUGGAGACUGGCGAUGUGUGGGCAUCGCAGCUAUUUCAGCCCACAUUAUAUCAGAUAUUACACUUGUUCUGCGGUGUCUCGUAGAUGCAUUUAAUUAAAUUAGAUACUUGUUCCAAUCUUGUAAAUAAAACUGUCCCCAAAGCAGGGAGAGGCCAUUCAACUGCUCCAUCAUGACGAGGCGGCUCCCUCAUGAUAAUGCGCAGUACAUAGUGGAUGGAAACAUGCAACAAUUCGUAUUUUCUUAAGUUGAAUUUUUAGAAAUGCGCUUAAAAAUGCUAAAUGUUUUGGAUGGAAACCCAGCAACUGUAACCUCGAUUUUUUUAAUUUUAAUUUUUUAAAAGGAGGGACGAGUCUAAAGGGUGUUUUCUAUUAUUGUAGCUUUGUAGUUUUUCCAUUUAAAUGUACAUAUUAAAUCCUGAAUAAUGGACCUUGGCUUUAGACUAAUAUUACACAUAUUUUGAGCUCAAAUAAAACUUAAAUAAAGGUAAAUAGAGAUUUUCAAGCUUUUAAAAGUCCUUGUUCCUUUGUUUGUGACUGAUGAUGUUUGAGCAUUUUUUUUUUACAUCCAAAAA